AUGGUUUUCUUCGCCGCGACAGAAGCACCGGCUCUGCCGAACAAAGAUAUCCUGUCAUGGAUCUUCGAUGAACCGGACUACGAUGUGAAUAAACCGAUCUUCAUCGACGCUACUCAAACUUCACGCUCAAUUUCACACGUCCAAGCGCGCAAGGUCAUCCGCCAACUCAUCGCGGGCCUCCAUCACGCCGGCGUACAAAAGGGCGACUGUGUAAUCAUCCACUCAUUCAACGACAUCUACUAUCCCAUUCUAGUGCUCGCCAUCAUUGGCUCCGGCGCCAUCUUCGCCGGCACCAACCCAGGCUACACGCCGCAUGAACUGCGUCAUCACGUGAAAAUCACCCAGGCGACAUUUCUCGUUUGUGAGCCUGACCUACUUGAUUCCCUGCUCCCAACAGCGAAGGACGCAGGAAUUCCCCACUCGAGUAUUCGCAUCUUCAACACGCAACCCAAUCAGAGAGUCCCGAACGGAUUCGACAGCUGGACGGAAUUAAUGCAGCAUGGAGAAGAAGAUUGGGUGCGCUUCAACGAUGGGGAAACAUGUACCAACACGACGGCCGCGAGGCUCACGAGUUCCGGCACCACGGGUCUCCCGAAAGCCACGAUGACGACGCAUCGGAAUUUGAUUGCGCAGCAUGAGCUGUGCUACGGUCUUGCGGUGCAACAACGACCGUAUGAACCCAUCCAUUUAUUCUCGAUGCCCAUGUUCCAUGCCGCCGUGGCGCCGCGCUCGCAUACCACGGUACUCAAGAACGGCGAGACCGCGUAUAUUAUGCGGCGAUUCGAGUUGGAGCCGUUCCUCGCCAAUGUGGAGAAAUUCAAAGUCACGGAACUGUAUGUCGUGUCUGCCAUGGCCGUGGCCAUCGUCAUGUCUCCUCUGCUGAACAAGUAUUCGAUGAAAUCUGUCCGGCAAGCACUGGCGGGCGCUGCGCCGCUGAGCAAAGAGACGCAAGCGGGCAUAAGACGACAUUUCCGGCCCGGCGCCCCGUUCACGCAGGUCCUCGGCUUGACGGAGGUAUCGUGCAUUCUCACCUGGUUCGAUUACCCGGAAGACGACUUGACGGGGUCCGUCGGCCGGAUCCGGCCUGGCAUUGAUGCGAAACUCAUCGACAAUGAAGGCAAUGAUAUUAGUGGAUAUGAUGUGGUGGGCGAAAUGUGCGUGCGCGGCCCCACGGUCAUCAAGGGAUACUUCAACAAUCCGGAGGCGAAUAAGAUGUCGUUUGACCAAGAUGGCUUCUUCCACACUGGCGACGUCAUGUACUGCGACGGCAAGACAAAACUGUGGUACGUUGUCGACCGUAAGAAGGAGUUGAUCAAGGUCCGCGGUUUCCAGGUGGCGCCGCCGGAGAUCGAGGCCGUGCUGCUCACGCACCCUGACAUCGUGGAUGCGGCUGUCAUUGGUGUCCCCGCCGCCAGUGCGGUGGAUGGUGAAGUUCCUCGUGCGUAUGUCGUUCGGAGACCCGGUUCAGACCCGAAGAAUCUCACGGAGGCAGAUGUCAUGGAAUUUGCGGGGAGACCGUUGGCGAAGUAUAAGCGUCUUGAGGGCGGUGUGAGGUUUAAAGAUGUGAUUCCGAAGAAUGCGUCUGGGAAGAUUCUCAAGAGGAUAUUGAGAGACGAAGCCAAGAAGGAGAGGGAGAGUGUGGCGGCGAAGUUGUAG